ACCAGGAGGAGUCAAACACUCCUCACCUGAGAGAGCAAUCACCGAGAACGUUAGGCGGUCUUUUCUUCUAAGGACAUCACGCUCAUACUUUGUUUGAUUUUAACAAUGACAGGAACGAAACGACUUGCAUGGCAGCAUCUACUUCUGACACUAACAGUGCUUCCCGCCUGCAGGAGUUUGCAGGUUUCAAUCCCACAGGAAGAAUAUGAGGUUGCGAGUGGAGAAGAUAUUAUUCUGACAUGUUCCUUUAUUCCGGCAAAACCCAACUUCAACAUGCUGCUUCUCACAUGGGAAGCGUAUCCAGAUGUGGUUGAGGAUCCAAUGGAACCUGUGGCCACCUAUUUUUUAAACAACGCAGUUGACAUCGCCCCCCCAUAUGAAGGCCGGGCAUUCAUGGAAGUGGAUAUUGUCAAACAACAGAGCACACUGCAUCUCACAAAGGUGACCGUACAGGACAGCCGUCAUUUCCAGUGCAGCGUCAAAAUACCAAAUGAUGAUGAAGGAACUACUGCGGCCUCCACUUCCCUUUUGGUGCUGGUUCCUCCCUCCAAGCCUCUGUGCAGGCUGCAGGGAACAGCAGAAUAUUGGCACAAUGUCACCCUCAACUGCAUGUCUGAGGAGGGCUCCCCAAAACCGACCUAUGAAUGGAAAAGCUACAGUGUAGAAAGCAUACCCAGACGAUUUCCGCCCAAAACUACUGAGAAAGAUGGAGCGCUUUCCCUGUUUAAUAUUUCAAGAGAGACGUCUGGAUUCUUUAUCUGCGUAUCAACAAACCGGGUUGGAUCCGACAGCUGCAACUUCACCUUAGCAGUGAUGCCUGGCGGCAUGAACUUCGGGAGCACAGCGGGUAUAAUUGGUGGUGUUGUCGCUGGAUUUAUUCUUCUCGGCAUUCUCAUCUUUUGUUGCUACAAGAAAAGGUCAAAAAAGAAUAAGAACGUUGACAGUUCCUCCAAAGAAAUUCCAUUUUCAGAUGCUCCUGCAGCCAGACCUCAGUAUCAGGAUGAAGAGUCUAAUGCUGAAACAAAUCAAGUGGAAUACAAAGACGCUGUUCCACAAAACAGUCACAACAUGGGAACUGUUGGACUCACACAAGAAGAGGACAAUGAUUUUGGUUCGGAGAGUGGUCGAUAUAUGAAUGAGCAAGACCAGGCUAGCCAGCGUAAUCAAUACCAUGGUAGUCGUGAGUGCCUUGAUAGGAAUGAGUACAGAGGAAGUCGCGACAGGCUUGAUGAUCGCCGCGACAGCCGAGACCGGCUUGACGAUCAUCGCAAUCGUUAUGGUGGAAGUCGGGAUCGCCUAGAAGAACGGAAUGACUAUAGAGGAAGUCGUGAUAAGCUCGAAGAACGGAAUGACUACAGAGGAAGUCGCGACAGGCUCGAUGACCAGCGCAGUCGCUUCAGUCACGAUAGGCUUGAUGAUCAGCGUAAUCUUUACGGUGGCAGUAGAGAUCGCCUGGAAGAACGGAAUGAAUACAGAGGAAGUCGCGACAGGCUUGACGAUCAGCGCGACCGGUAUGGUGGAAAUCGUGAACGCCUUUAUGACGACUACAAUCACUAGCUUCUGUAUUUGAUGUUAAGAAAAAUAAGUGGAUACAUUUCUUUUUUUUCCUUCAUUUGUUUUAACAUAGAUUUUUGUUUUCAUUGUGCCGGUUUUUAACAUGCAAGUCUGGGAGGGGCAAUUUCAGUGCUGGAGGGGGCCACAAUUUCCAUCAUGACAUAAAAAAUGCCAUUCAAAUAUGGACAAAAUACACAUACAUACACGCAAAAU